CGCGUAGAAAGGAAUGAUGAUGGUGGUGAGCUCACAAUGGGGUUAGCGGCAUUCAAUCAAAAUGUUCAUCCCUUCGGUCGAAUCCAAAGAGCUCCUAAUGUACCUGUCAACCAAUAAGACAUGGCUCAUUGGUGUGUCUUAUACAAUAGCCCUGAAGUCGAUCCUUAUCGAGAGAUACACAAGACUUUGCUGGAGGGUGACAAUACCAUUGAUAUUGCAAAAAGACAACGCAAAGAGUUUCCCCAAUGGUUCAAAGGGCACAUGAAUGAAUUGUGGAACCAAGGGUCUCCAGAAGCAACUGAUGAGUUGUGGUCAUUGGCCAAUGGACCUGAUGCAUUAAUAGACACAUAUUCAGGGUGCAUUUCUAAUGGCGUUCAAUUCCAUACUAUUGAACAUGACAAUCGACAUACAAGUCAGAAUAGUGGGGUACUCAUGGUAGGGGAGCAUGAACAACAGACAAUAGACUUUUACGGCUUUUUAACCAAAGUAUGGGAGUUGAGCUAUUUGUUCAAUCAUCGAGUUGUUUUGUUUCAGUGUGAAUGGUACAAUACUGGUAGUAGUAGAACUAUGCGAGUUGAUGCACAUUGCAAAAGCAUUGAUACAAGUACUCGAUGGUAUAAAGAUGACUCAUUCGUAUUACCAAGUCAAGUCCAACAAGUAUUCUACAUUAAAGAUACCAAGUUUGGUGAAAAUUGGAAAGUAGUAGAAUGA